GUGACAUAACUGUCUAUAUUGUAAUGCUACUUCAUGAUUUUUUUUUUUUUUUUUGGAUAGUUGCUCCCACUUUCCACGUACAAAAAAAUAUAUCCAAAUGUGACAGUAUAAUUGCUUUAUCAUAUCCAGUUUUUGGGAGAUGACCGUGUAAAAUGAAAAGCUAUUCUAGAGGGGAAAAAUUAUUUAAAUUUAAAAACGGUUAUAAAUCUCGUAUGUAAUUUUUGUAAAAUAUAACGGUCGCUCACGAAGAAGUAGUCACUUAGAUGUCCCCAUCACCCCCCAUAUAAUCAUCUGAAGGUGUCCCCUAACCGACUCAUGUAACCCUUCCACUAUAACGUCCCUUCAUCUGAGCGAAGUCCUGGUGAAUCUUCUUUCGUGUUCAUCAGAAACCGUUCCUUGUACUCGUGGAGUAAAUUCACAUAUAAGUGUAGGCUUUUUUAAAGAUCAGUUUCCUCAUGGUUUUCCACCAUUAUAUUCACUAGAAAAACGUUUUUCUUUCUUUUUUCAAUGAAGGAAGUGAAUUAUUUUACCGCGUGCUUACGUGUUACCUGGUCAAGAGAAUGGAUGGAAAAAAACAAUCUUGCAUAAAUAUGUAAAACAAACAUUUGAACAACGUAUUCUUCCCUGGGCAAUUAAUGUACAUAUUUUUAACCUUCCAAAUAAAAAUACCUGGUUAUUUUGAAGGAAUAAGAUUAGCGAAACAAUACUCGAAGGAAAAAUGUGUACGUAGCAAAUACAUGAUGUUGAGCUGUUUUCGCCUCAACUAACAUUAAGAACGAGACGAUUGCAAUUUUAUGCAUGACAAAUAUGUAUGCCAUGAAACACUCGGCGGCGUUUUUCACUGAAUCCGACAACAUUUUUGAUAAUAAAGUUUCAGUUUCCGAAAUGGAUUGAUCACACGUACAUACUGUAACGAACACCAAGAUGGAAAGAGUGACCCUGUAUUCGGAUUUAGCGGGUUGGAAAAUGGAUGGAAGGAAUACUGUAACGAACACCAAGGUGGAAAGACCGAGACACACACUGGAUGGAACGUUAUUCCACAACAAAUAAUUUGAAGCAGUCUUCUAGCAGAAUCAAACUGGCAAACGCCAUGUAAAGUAGCAGUCACUUCACUAGGUAGGCUGUUCAACUCUCGCAGUGUUCCCCAUCGUCGUCCUUGUUCCCAGUUACUUCAUUAUCAUCUGCAAAGCUGUAUUUAUAAUGCCAUGGGAGUCCCCACCUGCCUUCUUGAUUAGAAAGUUAUAACGAAAAAGUUCCUGGAACGCAGAGCUCAGCACACCUAUGAAAACCCUGCAAUCAGUUACCUGUGCACGACCCACCCUUCUCUACAGUGAUAAUGCUAUUAAAAUGUUUUUUUGUUUUGUUUUGUUUUUUUGCGAGAUGGUUUUGGUGCAAACCAGUGUAUAAGUUCCAUUUCAUCUGACCAACCAAUGCCACCUUCAGCCAACUCCUGUUGUAUAAAUGUGCCUUAUUGAUUUUAUUACUAAAGGAAAAGUGCUCGCACUCUGCUUCCCCACUCAUUAAAUAAAUAAAUAAAGCACGACAACCGUUUUCGUAAUUUCAGAGUGAAUUGUAUGAGAAACUUUUUUUUUAUAAUGAAUUUGGUCAGGUAAACUUGGUGCAUACUUAGGCUAAACAUUCUUAAGUAGAUAAUCUCCGAGAUUUUACAUACGUAAAUCUAAAUCGGUUAUAGUAACUUAAAGUAGUCGUGGAUUGUUAUGUUUUAGAAAACCGCAGUAUGUGUUUCAAGACAAGAAUUGUUGUAAAACACUCCCGCCUAUAGCAAUUGUAGUGGGCGUUGUUGAGUUUGUCCCUACCUUCUGUUUGGCUUCCACCAAUCUUCGACGUCAUCAGCCUCCAAGAUGCCCUUGUGAGUGGCUGCCAGAUUUCAAAUUGUAGCCUCCUCCCAACCACCCCAGCGUUCCCUCCCCAAGCCAUAGGUCAGGUUGCUCCGCCUUCUACGUCAUUGUGCAUUAGUUUCCGGUCCGAGUACCGCUAAGGAAGCCGAAAAAGGGAGAACUCUUUAAAGGAUACUAGAAUAUUUUGUUAAGAAACGAUAUUUCUGUCUACUGUGACGGUCAUCGGGAUUUACUACGCUUCAAAAGCCUUUGGGCGUCGAAGACGCACACCACGCCUCCAGCUUCCUGUCUGUGGCUGGCCUGCUCUGCUCUUGUUGCUCCUACUGGGAAUGGCGACUACAGCUCUGUAUGCGUGUACCAAGUGUCACCAGCGUUAUCCGUUUGAGGAACUUUCACAGGGACAGCAGUUGUGCAAGGAGUGCCGGAUUGCUCACCCUAUUGUGAAGUGUACCUACUGCAGGUCGGAGUUCCAGCAAGAGAGUAAAACCAACACAAUUUGCAAGAAGUGUGCUCAAAACGUCAAACAGUUUGGAACACCAAAACCUUGUCAGUACUGCAAUAUAAUUGCAGCUUUUAUUGGGACCAAAUGUCAGAGAUGCACAAACUCUGAAAAGAAGUAUGGGUCUCCACAGACAUGUGAACAAUGCAAACAGCCAUGUGCCUUCGACCGAAAAGAGGAAGGCAGGAGGAAGGUUGAUGGGAAGCUGCUUUGUUGGUUGUGCACUCUGUCGUAUAGACGUGUCCUGCAAAAGACAAAAGAACAGAGAAAAGGGCUGGGAUCGUCUCAUUCCAACUCCUCCUCUUCCUCCAUUGCAGAGAAGGAUCAACAUCAUUCCAAACAUCACCAUCAUCGGCACAGCAGUGCUCAUUCUAAACUGAGCAGUCUUAGUCCUGAACAAGACCAAGGUCUGUGGAAACCAAGCCAUAAAUCAUCCUCUAUUCAAAAUGAAACUCCAAAGAAGAAGCCAAAACUGGAGACAAAGCCAUCUAAUGGAGAUAGUAGCUCCAUUAGUCAGUCUAUGGAUUCUGGAGGAACAGAUAAUUUUGUCCUCAUUAGUCAGUUAAAGGAAGAAGUGAUGUCACUCAAACGACUGUUGCAGCAAAGAGAUCAGACUAUUCUUGAGAAGGAGAGAAAGCUAACAGAGUUAAAGGCUGAUUUUCAGUACCAGGAGUCAAAUAUGAGAGUGAAAAUGAACAAUAUGGAAAAAGCACACAAAGAAGCAAUGGAACAGCAGCAGGCAAAGAACCGUGAGCUUCUGAAACAGGUUGCAGCUUUGUCAAAGGGCCGGAAAUUUGAAAAGACUGGAGGCACAUUUUUAUCUCCCUAAGGAAAAUGGAAGGGGGGACAGAAAUAAAGUAUAAAGAUGUUUUAGCUGUCAACACUGUGAAGCUGUGAAAUGAACAUUCAAAUUUGGGUUAUCCAGGAGCACAACAUCAGUCUGCGCAGUUGAACAGGCAUAAGCAAGUUGGACACCACAAGGCUGGUGUACAGUUUUGUUGUGUUUUUGUUUUUGUUUUUUUUUUUUUUUUUUUU